UCAGUCAUCAAAGUCCAUUUUCAGACACACGACCAAAACCUGAGUGAAAACUUGAACGGGGAGAAGAAGCAGGUACAGUUGCAGCACCUCACAACCGCCACCGUUAUCGUUACCGUCACCGUUGUGAUAUCCUACAUUCUAUUUGAUUUGAUGGGCCACCGCAGCAGUAGACCCUCUUCCGAAACCCAACCAAGUUCCGACGCCGCUCCCCACCAUCGUUCUCACUCCGUCCCCACUUCCAGUUCCCAUUCCAGAGUGGGCCGCGUCCUCGGCCGGCCCAUGGAGGACGUUCGGUCAACCUACAUCUUGGGCCGCGAACUGGGCCGUGGUCAGUUCGGCGUCACCUACCUGGUCACCCACAAAGUCACCAAAGAACAAUUUGCCUGUAAAUCCAUCGCCACACGCAAGCUCAUUCACCGCGAUGACUUGGACGACGUUCGCCGCGAGGUUCAGAUCAUGCACCACCUCACCGGCCACCGCAACAUCGUCGAGCUCAAGGCAGCUUACGAGGACCGCCACUCCGUUAACCUCAUCAUGGAGCUCUGCGCCGGCGGCGAGCUCUUCGACAGGAUCAUAGCCAAGGGCCAUUACUCCGAGCGUGCCGCCGCCGAUUUGUGUCGCCAGAUCGUGACCGUGGUGCAUAAUUGUCACACCAUGGGAGUGAUGCAUAGGGAUUUGAAGCCUGAGAAUUUCUUGUUCCUCAGCAAGGACGAGAAUUCGCCUCUUAAGGCAACGGAUUUUGGUCUCUCCGUGUUUUUCAAGCUUGGAGAUGAAUUUAAAGAUCUUGUUGGGAGUGCCUAUUAUGUUGCUCCUGAGGUGCUGCGUAGAAGUUAUGGACCCCAAGCUGAUAUUUGGAGUGCCGGAGUUAUAUUGUACAUUCUGCUCUCUGGUGUCCCUCCCUUCUGGGCAGAAAAUGAAAAGGGUAUCUUUGAUGCUAUUCUUCUUGGAUAUGUUGAUUUUGCAUCAAAUCCUUGGCCUUCGAUAUCGAGUAGUGCUAAAGAUCUGGUCAGGAAGAUGUUACGAGCUGACCCUAAUGAACGGCUUUCAGCAGUUGAAGUCCUUGAUCAUCCUUGGAUGAGAGAAGAUGGAGCAUCAGAUAAGCCUCUUGAUAUUGCUGUUUUAACUAGAAUGAAACAAUUCAGGGCAAUGAACAAGCUAAAGAAAGUAGCUCUGAAGGUUAUUGCUGAAAAUCUUUCUGAAGAAGAAAUCAUUGGCUUGAAGGAAAUGUUCAAAUCCAUGGACACAGAUAAUAGUGGAACAAUCACUUUUGAAGAGUUGAAAGCUGGCCUCCCCAAACUGGGUACUAAGAUCUCUGAGUCUGAAGUAAGGCAGUUGAUGGAAGCGGCUGAUGUAGACGGAAAUGGAACCAUUGAUUAUAUUGAGUUUAUAACAGCUACCAUGCACAUGAAUAGAAUGGAAAAAGAGGACCACCUAUAUAAAGCUUUUGAAUAUUUUGACAAGGAUAAAAGCGGGUACAUAACAAUGGAAGAGUUGGAAACUGCCCUCAGAAAGUAUAAUAUGGGUGAUGAGAAAACAAUAAAGGAGAUCAUUGCCGAAGUUGAUACAGACAAUGACGGAAGAAUUAACUAUGAUGAGUUUGUAGCCAUGAUGAGGAGCAACCCAGACUUGGUAACCAAUAGACGUCGCUAAUAAUUCAGUCGAUCAUGAAUUGCUUGUUUUACGGAACAGUGACCAAAGUGUAACUGUUGGCCAAAGUGAUCAUGAAUAUGCCACGUGAUAUUUUGACAAAUAUUACUGUUGGCGUGGCAGUCUGGUAAUUUUUUUUGCCAACAGUGACAAAAUGAUCACUGUUCCUUGUUUUACUGGGUUCGGAGGCAGGAGGCACGAGCCUAAGCCUUUACACGUUUUACCAAUACGGAUUGUGCUGCAUUUAGCACUCUUUAUUCACCUGUUGUAAGAAAUGUGUCUUUCUAACGAAAAUAUUGUAUAUCUGUUUAUUAAAAUGAGAAGAUCCGUAAACGGUGCAUGUGGAUAUGUCAUCCUUACCUUGAAUUUGUAAUUUUUAAUUGAUGGUCAUGUAAAGUUAAUUAAAUUUUAAUA